AUGUGGCAAAAGCAAUUACGCGACGACGAAACUGCAACUAAGGGUCAGGAAUUCUCAUUUCAUACUCUUUUGGAAGUUUAUAAAUUAAUCGAUCUAACUCCAAGCGAAGUUGAAGAAUUAGUUGAUGAAUGGAGAUAA